AUAAGUGUAUAAAGCCUGACCCAAACAGAGAGGAUUGUGAAAUCAUUUAGGUGAAAUCUUCUGCUUCAUCAAUUUAUUGCAGCCUUGAAAUCUUUUUUAAAAGAGGUUGGAUUCAAAAAUGCCUCCACCACUGGCUCCAUAUGGCAUGUGCCUAAAAAUCAUGAAUGAGCGUGACACCAAGGGUGGUAUGGGCUCGACAGCAAAACCUUUGAAGUUCUUGGACCAGGAAUAUAACACUUUACAAGAUUACUGUCUCAAGAAUAACCUGAGAUUCGUUGAUGAGUUCUUCCCACCAGACCUUCGUUCCAUUGGCAAAGUCCGGCUGGAACGGGAUGAAAUGGCCAAAAUUGAAUGGAAAAGGCCAAUGAUAAUUUCGAAAAAUGCACGGUUUGUUGUCGACGGAGUGUCCAGAUUUGACUAUGCCCAAGGGACAGUAGUGGGAAACUGCUGGUUUCUCGCUUCUGUUGGGGCUUUAACUUUUCAGAAAAAAAUGUUUCCGCAUAUCAUUCCACCCGGACAGUCACUUUGCAACAAUUAUGCUGGGAUAUUUCACUUCAGGUUUUGGAGGUUUGGAAGAUGGUAUGAUGUUGUGAUUGAUGACAAACUGCCAACACUCCAUGGCAAACUCAUUUUUGUGCAAUCAAAAACAAGAAAUGAAUUUUGGCCUGCCUUGCUGGAGAAAGCUUAUGCCAAGGUGUGUGGGUCUUAUGCUGACAUGCAUGCUGGUCGGGUAUCUGAGGCCCUGUUGGACUUUUCUGGUGGGGUGCACAUGCACUUUGACCUUAAAUCAGCUCCUGCAGACUUAUGGAAGAUGAUGUACCGUGCAAGCCAGGCACACGCCCUCAUGGGAUGCGAAACUGCAGGGGGUGGACGUGAAAGUUUAUUACCAAAUGGCAUAGUUAUGGGCCAUGCUUACACUGUCACAGGAGCUUAUCAGGCAACGAUUGGAGGACAUCCAGUCCAGCUGGUGAGACUGUUCAACCCAUGGGGAAACACAGAAUGGACUGGUGACUGGAGUGACUACUCACCUUUGUGGAACAGAGUGAGUGAGAGAGAUCGCAAAGAGCAUCUUGCGGCUGAAAAUGGGGAGUUCUGGAUGUCAAUGAAAGAUUUCACCACAUUUUUUGACAACAUGGAUAUUUGCUCUCGCUGUCCUGAUUUUCUGGAAGAUACCCCUAAGUGUCAGUGGACAUUUAAGUACCACUAUGGCCGUUGGGUAACCGGGAGUACAGCUGGUGGCGGCAUGAAUUAUCAAGAGACUUUCUGUAGAAAUCCCCAGUUUUGGCUGAGGGUAAAUGAAAUGAGUAAGGGAUGUGAAGAUGGCCACAACAAUGUACUGGUGUCCCUGAUACAGAUACCCGACAAAAGAAACAGACGCAGUGUUUCAGUCCACACUAUCGCCUUCAGUGUGUUUGCGGUUAGUAACAGAACAAGCUUAAUGCAGUGCAUGAAAAUUUCUGCAUUAUAUAAAAUGUGCAGUGAAUUUUUACGAUGUGGCUAUUUCUUAUGAAUUUGUAUGAUGUGAAAUGUACAAUUAUUAGAAAAUAAUACUGAAUCCCCUCAUAUAACCCCGACCCUAAACCUGACAUCACUGGCAAGAUAACAAAUUGUACAAACAAUUCAUGCAUUAGGCACCUUGUAAAAUACUUUGUGAGAUAGUAAUAAUAAUAGAGAUUGUGUUGGUUCACACAGGUCGUUGCCUUAGAAUUAUUAGGUUCUAUCUGAAAUUUGGUCAAAACUGAGUUAUUCGCACAUUCUUAUUAACUUAUUUACAUUAUGCCAUGUUUUUUUUAAAUGUGUACAUU